AUGACCAGCACCACUGAUGGGAACUGUUUUCUAGAUAGUGAUGGAGGUUCAGAUGAGGAAACCUUUGAAGGUUUUGGUGAACAUGAAGCUGCAGGAGAUAGGCUGCUUCAGCAAUGCAUUUCACAGAGUGUUGUAAAUAUUGGCUUGAUUUUGACAGAACCGUCUAUGGAAAGUUCAAAUGUGGAUGGUUUAGAACCAUAUACUGGGAUGACUUUUCCAUCUUUAGAUGAUGCAAGAGAUUUAUGUUGUGAAUAUGCCAAGCGAACAGGUUUCACCACACGAACAAAUCGUAUUAGGCAUUCAUUAAAGAAUAUGGCAGUUAUUGGGCAUGACUUUGUAUGUUCUAGAGAAGGCCUUCGCGCUGCAAAGCACUCACUGAGAAAAGACACAGUUCUUCCUCCACGUCCAGUUACAAGAGAAGGAUGCAAAGCCAUGAUAAGGUUGUCAGCAAGGGAUGGAGGGAAAUGGGUAGUUACCAAAUUUGUACAAGAGCACAAUCACAAGCUCGUGACUCAUUGUAAAUUUCUUGGCGAAUUGCCAACUUUAAGCACACUCAGUGAGCAACGCCAUGUCAAUUUUCAUUAUCCAGCUCAAGUCUGUGUAACAGCAAAGGAGGAAAAAGAUAAGAAGAUGCAGGAUUUAUACGAUGAGCUUCAGCGUGAAAGAGAACAAUCUGCAGCAUUCCAACAACAGCUAAGCAUGAUUAUCCAAGAUCUCAAGGAACAUGAAGAAUUCAUGUCUUUAAGAGUUGAAGAUAUAGUUAACACUUUGAAAGAAAUUGAGCUUGGUGAUCUAUAG